UUCAAGAAAGUGCUAAAGUGUACCUUUUGUAACCACCCCCACACCUUUUAACCAACACACAUGCACGUCUUAGAUAGCUGGCUAGCAGUAAACCGCAUCUGGGUCGCUUUAUCUAUCUUUUUGUGCUGUUUUGUAAUAACCAAUUCCAAAUCCAGUUCAAUGUUUCGCCGCGCUUUCAUGUGCGGCUCGCUUCUGGCGCUGUCACCCCGCGUCAGCUGCACUGUGCCCCGGGACACCGGCGGCCACGGGCGGCCGCACUAAUGACGACCCCGCUGCUUUCCCCUGUCACACAGAGGCUGUUAGGUGACCACAAAACACAGAUUGGAACCCGAGGCAGAAUGGAUCUCUCAACACCUGCCUCAAUGAUCCUGUUUGUCCUUUGAGCCUGCCUUUUUUUUUUUUUUUGCCCAUUUCCUCCUUCACCUCUGCGCCACCUAAUCCAACACCUUCAUCUUUGGCCCCGCCGACAUCAUGGCAGGGGAGAAAGGGCCAACCAAGCGAAGCACCAUGGACAUCAAGCGCCUGGCAAGCCUCAUCCAGAGAGGAACAGGGCGCUUGCUGGUGAUAGACAGCAGGACAUUCUCAGAGUACAACGCAUCACACGUGCAGGGAGCAGUCAACGUUUGCUGCUCCAAGCUUGUGAAGAGACGGCUGCAGCAGGAUAAGGUGUCUGUCACAGAGCUACUGCAACCCAAUGGCAAAAUAAAGGUGGAGCUGGGCAGGAAGCAGGAAGUGGUGCUUUAUGACCAGAGUUCCAAAGAGGUAGCUCAUCUGUCCAAAGACGGCUUUGUGCACAUUCUCUUGGGGAAGUUGGAGGGCACCUUCCACAAAGUCUCCCUGCUUACUGGAGGCUUUGCUGCUUUCUCAUCCUGCUUCCCCGGCCUGUGUGAAGGCAAGCCAGCCACUGCUCUUCCUAUGAGCUUGUCCCAGCCCUGCUUGCCUGUGGCUAAUGUCGGGCCCACUCGCAUCCUGCCGCACCUUUACCUGGGUUCCCAGAAAGAUGUUCUCAAUAAGGAUCUGAUGGCUCAGAAUGGUAUAACAUAUGUACUAAAUGCCAGCAACACCUGCCCCAAGCCAGACUUCAUCAGCGAGAGCCACUUCAUGCGCAUCCCAGUCAAUGACAACUACUGUGAGAAACUGCUUCCUUGGCUCGACAAAACAAAUGAAUUCAUUGACAAAGCCAAGGUGUCAAACUGCAGAGUCAUUGUGCAUUGCUUGGCUGGAAUCUCACGUUCAGCGACCAUCGCCAUCGCUUACAUCAUGAAGACAAUGGGCCUGUCAUCAGAUGAUGCCUACAGGUUUGUAAAGGACCGAAGACCCUCUAUAUCCCCCAACUUUAACUUCCUGGGCCAGCUGCUGGAGUUUGAGAAAGGCCUACGACUGCUCCAAGCGUUGACGUCAAGCUCUGAUGACAAAAUCAGCCAAGGCCACUCAAAGCAAAAUUCGGAGCUUAACGUUGUCAACGCGGGUUUCGUGAUGAACGGUCACCAUAGCAAUUAUGACUCAUCUGCGGUAGAGCUACAAAAUCCUCCCGAGCCCAAGGUACCAUCACCUGCUUCCCUCCAGCAAGGCUUCAACGGAUUGCACCUCUCUGCGGAGAGGAUCAUGGACACAAAUCGUCUGAAACGCUCCUUCUCUCUGGACAUUAAAUCAGUGUACUCACCUAACAGUCCACACCCUGCUGCCGUGGCGCCGACACACUCUGAAGACGUCCCCAAGCUGUGCAAACUGGACAGCCCCGAAACAGGCACCUCCAAUGGUGUCUGCUCUCAGUCUCCCAUCCUGGACAGUCCUUGCUCCUCCGACUCCCCGUUCCCCUCACCGGGCAGCACGGGAAGCAUCGGAAGUUUGGGGCACGGAGGAAGCGAGGGCGUCCAUCGGCCCAGUUCCUCGGCAUCCAGACCCAGAAGGAAAGCCAAGCAUAGCUCUGGCACCUCACCAAUCCAUUUCCAACAACUUCCUCCACAGUCGCUCAGCCUGUCCCUCGACCAUAAGGAUGAGAACUUAAAGGGUUCCCUGCUUCUCGCCCUGCCCUCUCUGCCGUCUAUGGGAUCUGGAUCCAUGUGGACCAAACACAGAGACACUGUCCAGGCCACCACCCCUGUUACUCCGGUGACCCCCACCACCGAUGCUCCCUGGCACUUUGGGGUCGAGGAGGGCGGCGAGAUGGAGCUCGGCAGCGGUAGCGGAACCGAGUCGUCCGUGAGGUUCGGGAGCAGCUCGGCGUACGUGGCGUUCGGUUGCAGCGAAAACGUGCGGUUACGAGACAAACCUUCAAAGGAGAAGCCCCCGAUGCAGCAACGUGAAAAGCAAGCCGAGCGGGCGAACAACAGCAGCUCGGCCACGGAGAAGCAGUUUAAACGUCGCAGCUGUCAGAUGGAAUUUGAGGAGGGCAUCUCAGAGACGCGGUCCCGGGAAGAACUGGGCAAGAUUGGGAAACAGUCGAGUUUCUCCGGAAGCCUUGAGAUCAUUGAGGUCUCCUGACAGAUAAUAGACAUGAAUACCACUGGAGGCAAAAAGAGACCUCCUUCGAAGAACUAUGUCUAUAUCACAGACAGUGUUCAAAACUCCAACUGAGAGUUGGACAGAAUUUUGGACCGAGACAUUGUGCUGCUUAACUGACCACAACCUUCUGAACUUUCUCGAGGCAGCGAAGCGUGAGCUGUCGGUACUAACCUUCUGCGGUCAAAGGGCCCAGUGCCUGCGCUAUGUUGCAUCCUUAUCAUGUACAAUAACUUGUUGUUGACAUGGAGCAUGGACUCCAACCGCCUGCCUGUGGUCAAGUGUAAAGGACUUCUAAUUGUGAUCUGAAACAAGCGCCCCUCGCUAUCCCCAAAGCGUCCACCACCAAAAGCCUCAGAACCUCAUACUUGUCUAGUUCAGUCCAGUCGCAACAUCACCUACGUGAGCGGAGGAUUCAGAGCGCUGACGUCACCGCACACACAGCCCUCGGGAUGGCCUGAAUGGCAGCCGAAACAAUGACGGGGCCUCUGCCCAAGCCAGCUUCCACCGGGGAUUCUUAAGCACAGUGACGCUGGUCCCCUCACUUCCAGUGUUUGCUGCGUCAUGGCACUGAGGUUUCGGGUCACAGGACACCCUGCCAUUGCUCCCUGCCACCACUUGUGGUCACCACUGAGCAUGUAUUGUGAAAGGUUGGCAACAGAGAGACAAAUAACGAUAGAUCCAGUAUGAAUAUACUGUACAUGUAUAGUGACUCAAAGGGACUUUUAAUUUAUUGUUCAUUCUGGUAAUGAGAUAUAAUAUAAUGUUUUGUGGAUUUAUUUCAUUUUUCUUUUGUUUAUUAUUAUGAUUUGCUGUAUGGUAUUUAUGAACACAUACAAAUACAUACAUUCACCCGAUUCAAGCAAGCAAUAUGGGCUGUUUCUUCUUUGGGGAGAGUGAAGUAUGACUUGGAAAUGCACUUUUUUGCUCCUCUGAAACAGCAGCAGAAGUCUGUGAUUAUGGCUUUAACACAUGAGCAUAUUGUGCAUGACAUCGGGGUGGGGGGGUGGGGGCGCAUGCAUAACGACAACUUUAUGCAACCUACGCACAGUUUUUGAUAAACCAGUCACCCUCUCAAAGCCAGUUCCGGUGUUUCUCACCAAAGCUGAACCGAACACACACAUACACCCAACACUGUAUGCACUUACAGUAUUUAUAUACAGGUAAAGCUUCGGCCCUCACAUGCACACACACACACACAUACGCAAUCUUUUUCUUUCUUUCUCAGGGGAUCUUUCGGUGAGCCAAGCCCAGCACAUCAGCACAAAACAAGGAAGUCUCUGACAUUUAACUCUUCCCCCCACCCUACCCCCAUGCUUUGAUUAAAAACAGUUGAAAAAUGAAAUUGUCACUCUCCUGGUGCAAGAUGCUUAUUUAUUCACCGUGUAAAACUUGUUGUCUUUCGACUCUUGACUAGCAUUUGACCUUGUGCUGCUACAACUUCUGAUAGAUUCCUUUUGUUUGCCUGAGGCUCAAUCAAGCUCCUAAAUCCCUCCUUCAUGUUGUUUUUAAAAUUGUUGUUAGCAUUAUUUAUGAUAUGUAACAAAUAUGAUGCAGGCUGUCCCAUUUGCUAAAUCUGUUGUUAUUGAAAUAUUAUUAUUACUAUUAUUGGUAUUCUUAUUAUUAUGAUUAGGGUGUUGUAAAUAGCAACACAUGGAAGAACACUGAUGAGUUUUUAAAAGAAAAAUCCUGACACCUAGGCUGCUUGAUGCUAAAAAAAAAUUAUAUAUACCUCAGGUUUAAUUGAAAGGCUUCUCCUUCCCCUGUACAUGUUUUGUGAAAAUGAGACAAAAUACAGACAUGACAAAAUGCAAA